GCAUAUGCUUGCAGAUCGCAUAUGGCAUAUGCUUGCAGAUCGCAUAUGGUAUAUGCUUGCAGAUCGCAUAUGGCAUAUGCUUGCAGAUCGCAUAAUGGCAUAUGCUUGCAGAUCGCAUAUGCUUGCAGAUCGCAUAUGGCAUAUGCUUGCAGAUCAUCGCAUAUGGUAUAUGCUUGCAGAUCGCAUAUGGCAUAUGCUUGCAGAUCGCAUAAUGGCAUAUGCUUGCAGAUCGCAUAUGCUUGCAGAUCGCAUAUGGCAUAUGCUUGCAGAUCGCAUAUGGCAUAUGCUUGCAGAUCAUCGCAUAUGGCAUAUGCUUGCAGAUCGCAGAUCGCAUAUGCUUGCAGAUCGCAUAUGGCAUAUGCUUGCAGAUCGCAUAUCGCAUAUGCUUGCAUAUCG